CCGGAGCCGGCUUCUCGCGGGUCCCCUCCGGGAGCAGGGCCGGGCGCGUGCUUUGGGGGCGGAGGCCGACUCCGGCCACGGAGUCCUCCUCCUCCUCCUCCGCCGCCGCCGCCGCCGCCGCGCGGGGCAUGCCGGGCUCCGGAGUCCCCAGCCCCCGGCGCGCGGGAGUCCGCGGCCCAGAGGCCCGGGUGGGGGCGGCGCGUGCCGGAGGGGCUGUUCCUCCGGACGCCGGGCGGAAGCGGGCGCGUCUCCGUGCUCGGCCGGCUCGGGCGCCCGGCCGCUUGAGAACAGCUCCCCAGAGCCCUGCCUGUGCCCUGUCUGUCCAAGCCGGCAGCUGAAGGAGCCUCACCUGCCUGCUCUGAGUCCCAGGGAUUGGAGGUUCAGGACAGUCAGUGAAGAUGUCUAAUGAGCCGCCCCCUCCAUAUCCUGGGGGCCCUACUGCCCCCCUUCUGGAAGAGAAAAGUGGAGCCCCGCCCACACCAGGCCGCACCUCCCCAGCCGUGAUGCAGCCCCCACCAGGCAUGCCACUGCCCCCUGCAGACAUUGGUCCCCCACCCUAUGAGCCGCCGGGUCACCCAAUGCCCCAGCCAGGCUUCGUCCCCCCCCAUGUAAGCGCAGAUGGUGCCUACAUGCCUCCAGGUUUCUAUCCUCCUCCAGGCCCCCACCCACCCAUGGGCUACUACCCGCCGGGGCCCUACCCGCCGGGGCCCUACCCUGGCCCUGGGGGCCACACGGCCACGGUCCUCGUCCCUUCGGGAGCUGCCACCACAGUGACAGUGCUGCAGGGAGAGAUCUUUGAGGGUGCGCCUGUACAGACGGUGUGUCCCCACUGCCAACAGGCCAUCACCACCAAGAUCUCCUAUGAGAUUGGCCUGAUGAACUUCGUGCUGGGCUUCUUCUGCUGCUUCAUGGGGUGUGAUCUGGGCUGCUGCUUGAUCCCCUGCCUCAUCAACGACUUCAAGGAUGUGACCCACACAUGCCCCAGCUGCAAAGCCUACAUCUACACGUACAAGCGCCUGUGCUAACGGAGCCGGGACACGGGACUCCCCCCAUCUGUUGGUCUGGCCCCCUGUGCUUUGCUCCCUACGCUCAGUGGUCACCUCCCUGCUCCCACUUGGGUUGGGAGUUGUGCCACCAUCCCUCGGAAGUCUUGUCCUCUUCACCUUCCCCUACCCUGAGCCUCUGACUUUGCGGCACAAAUUCUGUUGGAUUUAAGGCCAAGUGUCAGUGGAUGGCAGGGAGCUGGCACUGGAUUUGUGUGUCCCUGGUUUUCUUGGUAUUUGUGAUCAGGAAGAUAAGGUGAGAAGGGCCUCCCACCAGGGUCUUCGUUACUCCAUAUCCACAUAAAGUAUAGGUUUGGUCCAACUUUCUCCCUAGGACCAAAAGCAGCCAGAGCAGUAGCCAGUUCCCAAGCCUGGGAGCCUGCAGUGGGGCUGUGCCUAGGGCCACAGUCAUUUUUGACCUGCUGGGCUGAGAGUAGGGGAGUCUGGAGUCGAGUAGACCCAAGCAGGAUGGGGUCCUAAGGCCUGGGUUUCUUUCUGGGGUACUUUGCGCCUCUGGGGUACUAGAGGCGGGGGUACGAGAGUCAGAAGUAAUGAUGCCAACUCUGGCCCUCAGAACUCUCAGGUAUCAAAAACCAGGACCUCUAAUGCCCUGUCCACAUACCGAAGAGCCACCUGGUAUGAGACAAAGAGGACACUGGAUGAGUGAUUGGGCCCUGGUAGCCAAGAUGGGACUCACAUCUCACCCUUGCCCAGCUUCUUCUGAGUCAGUGUGCAGGACCUCUUUCUGGCCAUGCCUCUGUAUUUGCUGGGGCCAGAAGGAGUACCCUCGAGCCUAACCUGUUCUGUCUACCCUGUGUCCUCUCUGUGUGGGUGCAACCUCUGCCCAGUGACUGGAGUGUCCCAGCCAGGUCAGGAGAUAGCAGAGAGCAGACGCCUCCUUGUGGGUGCGUUUGGAUCUGCUGUGCUGUGCCCUGUCCAUCAAUUCCAUUCCCAGUGAGCACCCUUUGCCCACAGCUGACUCACGCUGCUGUGCCCAUUCACAUCGGGCCCCACAGCAUCAGCAGCCAUGGCACUGGGCUGGGAACAGGCUGGGGACGAGGGAGGAGAAGCCGCAAGUGGUAGAGGUGCCUUGGACACCAGCCCUGGCCUGGCCGAGCCCAAACCUGUCUUUAUUUCCUGAAUGGUUUGAUUGUGAACUUGCUCACGUGGACCGCUAUAUCCUGCUGCUGUCCCUCUCCUGGUCUUGCACUGCCACUGCAUGGCCUCCUGUCACUGUGAAUCGUGGCCGGUCUCAAGUUUAUAGUUUCUCAUUAAAUUGGCCCUUCACUCCCCAUC